AUGAUAGGUCGCCCUCUAGCUCUGUUACUUCACGAGGCUGGUUACGAUAUCCAUAAUCAAUAUGGAAGUCUUCUGUUUUUCCGCCAUUGUAUCGCCGGUCGCUUAGGAGCUCGCCCUACAUCCACGGGAUCUCCGCAGGUUUGGAAAAGUUUCAUGACAGACGACUUCAGUCCCGUUGAGUACAGUUGGUGCUGGGACACGCCAAAGGGACCACCCAGAAUUCGAUUCAGUGUUGAUGCAAUCGGUCCCGACGCGGGAACACAGUCGGACCCUUUCAACCAGGAGAUGACGACCGACCUUGUCCGACACGUUGAGUCUGUUGCAUCAAAUGUUGACUGGAAGUUGUUCAAUCACUUUCGCAACGCAUUCUGCGAGCAAGGAUUGGAGAAGCGUGUCAGCGAGGGAUGUGACGAUCUUGAGAAGAGCCACACGUCUUCGAUCUUCAUGGCGUUCGAACUGCACAAAAGCGAAGUCGCUGUGAAAGCAUACUUUGUUCCGGUCAAGGCUGAACAGACGGGCCGCUCAAGGCUCUCCGUACUCUCGGACAGCAUCGUAAGCUUGGAAAAGUCGGACCUUCGAGUGGGAGCCUAUGACCAGAUGCUUGCCUUCAUGACCAGUGACGCGGAAGGGUCACAUCUCGAAAUCGUGGGAAUUGCAGUCGAUUGUGUACUUCCAAAAGAUUCGCGCUUGAAACUGUACGUCAGAUCGCCUUCAACCUCAUUCGACAGCGUCUGCGCGAUCAUGACCCUGGGCGGCAAAUUAAACACUUUUCCUCAAGCUACGUUGAAGGAUUUCCGCAAACUCUGGCAACUCACCUUGGGUCUCGGCGAAGACUUUGCUCCUGGUGCAAAUUUACAAGCCAAAUCCCAUGAGACGGCAGGCGUAUUGUACAACUUCGAUAUCAAAGCAGGAAACCUUUUGCCAGAGCCCAAAGUGUACAUCCCUGUGAGACACUACGCCCGCAACGACCUGGCCGCUGCCGAAGGCUUGGCGUCUUAUUUGAAAUCGAAGGGUCAGGAUCGUUUUGUGGAGAGCUACAUGCGAGCGCUGGAGGGUAUGUGCACACAUAGGUUUCUGGGAAGCCAAUGUGGACUGCAGACUUACAUCUCAUGCGCGGUGCAAAACGCGCAGCUGGUAUUGACAUCGUACCUUUCGCCAGAAAUCUAUCAUGUUGCUAGAUGGAAAGCAUAG